AUGCUGAAGGUGCGUGCCAAGACGCUGGUGGAGUACAAGGAGGCCGGAUGGUUCUUCAUGUCCAAGCGGCCCAUUGAGGUGUCGCCUGCUGCGGCUAUGGAUCUCAAAGGAGCUGGUGCGCAAGAGGCUUUGACGGCCUUGGUGCAGCUGUUGGAGAAGUAUUCCGGCGAGUGGAGCCCAGAGGGCUUGGAGACCUGCAUCAAGGACUACGCCGGGACGCAGAAGGCUUGA